AUGAGCCAAAGAAACAAUUAGAUAUCUAUCCAUAUAUAAAAUGAAUAAAUUUUAACAUUAAUUAUUAAUAGCCCUAUUUAUUACAUCAUAAAUCGAUAAAAUUCUUUUUAAUAAAAUCAUUAGAAAUUGAAAGAAGAGAAUGCUCUUAAAAAAUCAUAGGAAUAAAUAAAUUUAAGAAUACCUUUAAAAAAUGAAUUACUAAAUAAAUUUUCGAAUAUAAAAGAAGAAUAUGGAGAUAUUGCAGCUAAAAAUAGAAUGAGAUGA